CUCAUUAUGAGGUGAGUAGUUUUUUAAUGUUCCAAGGACUGAGUUGGGUUUGGCCAGAUAUCAGCUUUACUGGUUGCUGGGAGGAAACAUCUUUGCCUUAACCUUGUGGCUGUAAGUGUGGAGGCAGUGGGGAGUGGCAUGAGAAACAGACACACCUGUACAUUUCUCACCUGUUCUUCUAGGAGAUUUACCCCAACCUAAUAUCACAGCUCAUCCCAGAUCCAUAGUUCCUCGUGAUAAGCAUAUGACCAUCCAGUGCCAAGAGCCUGCAGAAGCUGAAGCAUACAAGAUAUUUAAAGAGGGAGGACUUGAGCCUCAGGAGGCUAAGACAUCCACUUUAGAUAUCAAAGAGAUGAAACCAGACCAAACAGGGUUGUACCACUGUUCCUACAGGAGUGGAGAACUCUGGUCCCCACGCAGUUCCCCCCUGACAGUGGUCUUGACAGGAGCUUAUGAGAAACCCUCACUCAGCAGCAUGAGUGGCACUGUGGUGGCUUCAGGAGACAAAGUGACAUUGAAGUGUUUCUUGAAAUUCAAGUUUGAUAGAUUUAUUCUCAUCAAAGAAGAUGAAUUUCACACCAUCCAGAAUCAAAGCGCCACAUGCCAGGACAGUCAGUGCCAGGCCAUCUUCAACAGGGGCCCUGUCAACGCCACACAGGCAGGGACCUACAGGUGCUAUGGUGCCUUCAACAAUGACCCCUAUGUGUGGUCUCACCCCAGUGACCCAUUAGAACUUGAGGUCAAAGAAUUACCUGAUGGUUCCACCAGACCCACAGACCUGGGACCUACACAGGAAUUUCCUGAUGUUUCCACCAGACCCAAAGACCUCAGACCUACACAGGGCCCGUCCCAAAACCUGCCUCUUGUGAUUGGCUUGCCAGUGGCCCUCCUGCUGUUCCUCCUCCUCCUCCUCCUCCUUUUCUUAUUCUUCCACCAUCGCAAAGCCAAAAACAAAGCCGCCAAGGCAGCGAGACAGCCAGUGGAAUCAAGGAAUAGACAGGCCCCUGAAGCUAGAGACCCACAGGACGUCACCUAUUUGCAAGUGGUCUUCAAUGGCCCCAACCAGGGGACCUUUUCAACACCCAGACAGACCCACACCAGCGAAUAUGCAACUGUUGUCCCACGAUGAGCUCUGCUCUGGGCAGGAAAACUUACAGCUGCCUGUCGGAAGGUUCCCUUCUCUGGAGUCACGGUUUCUACAUCUGAGGCCGCCCACCCGGCGGGGGGGGACCCACGGGACCCCCUGAAUCUGGAGACCUGAACACUUAUCAACCAGCCAUUUCCAGAAUCUCUACAAUUGCCCGGCAAUUCCCAGGAUCCCACAAAGUUACUGGAACAAUGAUAGAGUGAUUUUUGUAUGUUUUCAUUGAUUAAAAAAUAUAUAUAU